GGAGUCUCGCUCUGUCACCCAGGCUGGAGUGCAGUGGCGCGAUCUUGGCUCACUGCAAGUUCCGCCUCCCGGGUUCACACGAUUCUCCUGCCUCAGCCUCCCGAGUAGCUGGGACUACAGGGGCCCGCCACUACGCCCGGCUAACUUUUUGUAUUUUUAGUAGAGACGGGGUUUCACCUUGGUCUCGAUCUCCUGACCUCGUGAUCCGCCCGCCUCGGCCUCCCAAAGUGCUGGGAUUACAGGCGUGAGCCACCGUGUCCGGCCAUGUGCAUCCCAUUUCUAUACCUCCUCACAUGUGCAUAAAUGCAUGCACGUGUACUCACGAAUGCACUGAAACAAGAACCUUUUCUAUCUUCUUCAUUGCUGCUUCCAAAUAGCCUAGAAGAACUCCUGGAAUAUCACUCCAGGAAUUCAAUAAAUAUUUGUGAGUAAAUAAAUAUGAUUUCAAAGAAAAGAGGAAAAUUUAUACAGCUGCAGUGGAUUUCCCUGGAGGAAAACUCUACAAAGGCAUUUGAGUUUAGAUAAUCUAAGCCCAUAAGAAAAUUAACUAGAUUAUUCUAACAGGAAAGGAAUAAGCACUUCAAACUUUAUAUUUUUUAUUCUUGUUUCAAAUUUAUGUUUUAGUUGCGGGGAGGAUAGGAAAAGAUUAAAGGACACAAAAUUACAGCUAGAUAGGAGGAAUAACUUCCAGUGUUUUACAGAACUGUAUGAAGACUACAGAUAACUAGCUUUGUAUUUGAAUAGAAAGGUACACAUGUCAUGUGCCAAUCCCCUUCUGCUGCCUUACCCAAGACUGGGAAAUGGAACAGAUGAUAUGGGUUCUACAGAGAAGCAAAGUGCAGAACCUGCUCAAACACAGUGGCUCUGGGGUGGAAGGUUCUCAAUUGGAAUUGUGCUGGUGGCUGUGUGGAUGGAGCACUCAGUUCUGAGCCUUGGGAGCCUUUUGAAGGCCCUCCUGGCCAAGAUGAUCUUGAGGAAAUGACUGACCCAUUGGCUGCCUUCCAAAUGGAUGACACAGUCUAGACUUUUAUAAGCUAAAUGAGUAGAAGGAACCCGGUUGACUGGAUUUAUCAGCAAACCCAGCUUGUGAGCCUCAAUUUAGAGCUAGUAUAAUUUAGAAAAAUAAAUACAUACAUCAUAUAUUAAACUCUGAGUAUCAUGAAACAGAUCCUAGAUGUUACAAUCAUAAGAAUCUAUAUGGGUGUUUCUCCUGCACUCUGUCCUGGCUUUCUUCUGCUUCCUGUCUAAGGGAGCCUGGACUCACUUAAGCAGCUCUAAUAGGCCAAACAAGAGAGUGGUCAAGGAGUGGCUGAAAUGUGAACAGAAAGACUCACCAUUAUAUUACAGCAAUCAAUCUAUCCUUAAAAUAAUUUAGGUUUAGUCUCAAGUGCUAGAGGCUUCCCCAUUUACCCAUACAUGGAAGCCUGAAGAAUAAACAGAACUAUAAACUUCCCUCCGGGCAUAAAACUUGCAUGUCUUCCAUGGCUUCAAGGUGGGGAGCAGCUGGGCAGGCAGAAGGAGGGGCAAGGGGCAGGCAAGAGGAGGGGCAGGAGGCAGGCAGGGAGGAAUGGGCUACUCCAUUUAGCUGAUCAGCCUUGACCAGUUCAUGCUCUGCGACUCCAUAUUACAAGUCAGACUUUUCUGGAUCAUACAGAGCACUCCCUUCACUCUCCAGAUUCAGUGAUUCCUGGGGUGAGAUAGUAACAAAAACAAUUCCUUAUUGGAUAAAGAGAAAUUGUGCCGUGGGGGAGAUAAGAAGCUUAGAAAAAAAGAAAAAUAAUGGAUGAGGAGAGGAGCUGGGAGUUUGGGGGGAAGACAGCCUAAAAUCUGACAAUCUGUUUGCAGAAUGAUAAAGGAUACUGGAACCCAAGGAGGAGUUGACUAAGAGCUUAGGAGAAAGAUCUGGUGGGAUUUGGAGAAGAAAGUGUUAAAAAAAAAAAAAAGAAUUUGGAAUCUGACACUUUUCAGACUACUAUGAGGUCUGAAAGACUCAUGUAGCAACAUGAAGAGGAACAAACUUUGUCUGAAUAGGGAAGGUUCUAGUAGGAUCUUUGCUGGAGAAGUCACUUGAACUCUGAGUUUUAGAUUGUUGAUUUGUAAAAAGGCUGCUGCCUACCACCUCAGUGAGGGUGCACCAAGGAUCAGCUCAGAGGAGGCAAAGCAGAAUGCCCUAUGGCAGAGCAUGGAGGCCCUAGAGUCAGACCACCAUACUUACAUCCCAUCUUUAAAACCUACUGGCUGUGUGGCCUUGAGCAAGUCACUUUACCUCCAGAAAGCUCAUUUAAUCACCUGGAAAAUGGGCAAUCGCAUAAGUGGUUGUAAUGUAAAAUGAAGAAAAAAUUCUUAACUUACAUGAGUUACAUGCUGUAUAGUAACAUGGUAUAUAGUAAGCACACAGAAAUGAUUCACUGUUAUCAAAAUUGAAGGACAGUGGUUUGAUGUGCUAAGCACUCAAUACAAGCCAGAAAGAUGUCUUAGAGAAGAAGACAAAGAAAUCUCUAGUUCAGGAUGAAGAGUAACAAGAAUGGCAUGUCCUCCAAAUUGAGCUUGGGCAGCUGGAUCUGAACCUAUCCUACACAUCUGAGUCUACAGUAUGAGGUAACAGUCUCCACCUAUAGCUAUCUUCUCUGCCUGUAAGGUCACUCCUUUUUGAAGAAAGCUGACCUCAGACUAUAUUGUGAUCAUUUAAGGAAGACCGCAAAAUACUGGAGAAGGCUAAUCUUCAAGCUCUAGAUACAGAAAAACCUCAUAUUCUUGGGUGUUCCUUUCAGACAGAGUCAGAGCCACAAGCACUGAUCCAAAAAUCCCCUUCUCCAAAAAAAGUUUCCAUCUUCUGCCAAGGUUCACCUCCCUCUUUAGUGCACACCGGUGUCUACAGUUGCUACAGCAAGAGUCUUUCCUUAUCCUCUAAGGCAGGAGUUGUGUGAAGACCCCAUGACAAGGGGACAAAAUGAAACAACAUGUUUAGGGGCAACACAGGAAAAACCCAUGUUAUCAAUGCUCCAAAACCUGGCUACCUCAGGCUUGGCCAGUCAUUCGUGAGCAGAGAGGUGUGUCAUCUACAUGGCAGUCAUGGCCUGGAUGGGUCUGGAACUGUGGCAAGGGAAGUCUCUGAGACAAGGUGCCAGGAGAAAGAUGAAUUCAAUCAUCUAUUUCUGCCAGGAAGAAAAGCAGGAGGAAGGAAUCAGAUGCACAGUUUGUCCUCUGGGGACCUCUGCCUUGAUCCUCAAUAAAUCUCCUUUUAGAUGUCACCUGCAGCAAUUCCCACACUUCACAACGAUCUCCAUGGCUUCCGUUGGCCUUAUGUUGCUGUCCCCUUUGACGAUGAUGACAAGAUCGUUGGGGGCUACACCUGUGAGAAUUCUCUCCCCUACCAGGUGUCCCUGAAUUCUGGCUCCCACUUCUGCGGUGGCUCCCUCAUCAGCGAACAGUGGGUGGUAUCAGCAGCUCACUGCUACAAGACCCGCAUCCAGGUGAGACUGGGAGAGCACAACAUCAAAGUCCUGGAGGGGAAUGAGCAGUUCAUCAAUGCGGCCAAGAUCAUCCGCCACCCCAAAUACAACAGGGACACUCUGGACAAUGACAUCAUGCUGAUCAAACUCUCCUCACCUGCCGUCAUCAAUGCCCGCGUGUCCACCAUCUCUCUGCCCACCGCCCCUGCAGCUGCUGGCACUGAGUGCCUCAUCUCCGGCUGGGGCAACACUCUGAGCUUUGGUGCUGACUACCCAGACGAGCUGAAGUGCCUGGAUGCUCCGGUGCUGACCCAGGCUGAGUGUAAAGCCUCCUACCCUGGAAAGAUUACCAACAGCAUGUUCUGUGUGGGCUUCCUUGAGGGAGGCAAGGAUUCCUGCCAGCGUGACUCUGGUGGCCCUGUGGUCUGCAACGGACAGCUCCAAGGAGUUGUCUCCUGGGGCCAUGGCUGUGCCUGGAAGAACAGGCCUGGAGUCUACACCAAGGUCUACAACUAUGUGGACUGGAUUAAGGACACCAUCGCUGCCAACAGCUAAAGCCCCCGGUCCCUCUGCAGUCUCUAUACCAAUAAAGUGGCCCUGCUCUCA